UCCCAGCUCAUACAUUCUUCGAGUCUUGGUAACUGGAAUGUUUUGUCUGUUCAGGCUCAAAUGAUCAGUGGGAUGGGAAGCAAAGUUAAGUACCACGUGAUGUGUCAAGAUGAACCUGGGGAAACUGCGAGCUGUUGACUGGACUUCCUCUCUGACUCAGCUGGUAUUUCUUUUUGUCUCAAGUUGUAAAAGUUCCCCAGAGACUCCACCUGAAAUCCCCGAUCAUCUCAGAAUUGAAUGGGGGAAAUUCUGAAGUUCUCAUUAAACACGCUGAAUUCACAAGCUUUGGAAGGAGCCAGAAUGCCCAAGGCAUUGCCUACACUGGUAAAUGUCCGACAAAUUCAGUAUGAGUCUGGUGGGCUUGACCAUUUGCUGGGCAAAAUUCCAGAACAGUGAGACAUCCUGGGAGCCAUCCGGCCUAGGAAAGACUUUUAACUACCAGCUGGUAGUGACCUCAGUAUUCAGCGAGGUCUUUUCACUGUGGUCUGUUCUGAUGAAGGGCCCCUCCAGUGUGAAACAGGAUGACCUUGUUCUGUGGGCAAGACAACUGUGAAAGAAGAAACUGUGCGUGUCGGAGUCGGUGGGAAAGGACAGCCACCUAGAAUGUCCCCGCCAAACCAGUCGGUGGAAGGCCUUCUCCAGGAGGCCUCCAACAGGUCUCUGAAUGCCACAGAAACUCCAGAAGCUUGGGAUCCGGGGACCCUCCAGGCCGUCAAGAUUUCUCUUGCGGUGGUUCUUUCCAUCAUCACGCUGGCCACAGUUCUUUCCAACGCCUUUGUGCUCACCACCAUCUUCCUCACCAGGAAGCUCCGUACCCCAGCCAACUAUCUCAUCGGCUCCCUGGCCAUGACCGACCUCUUAGUUUCCAUCUUGGUCAUGCCCAUCAGCAUCGCAUACACCACUACCCGUACCUGGAGCUUCGGCCAGAUCCUGUGCGACAUCUGGCUGUCUUCUGACAUCACGUGCUGCACAGCCUCCAUCCUGCAUCUCUGUGUCAUCGCUCUGGACAGGUACUGGGCCAUCACCGAUGCCCUGGAGUACAGUAAGCGCCGGACAGCGGGCCAUGCAGCGGCCAUGAUUGCUGUCGUCUGGGCCAUCUCUGUCUGCAUCUCCAUCCCACCGCUCUUCUGGCGGCAGGCCAAAGCUCACGAAGAGAUGUCGGACUGCCUGGUGAACACGUCCCAGAUCUCCUACACCAUCUAUUCCACCUGCGGGGCCUUCUACAUCCCAUCUGUAUUGCUCAUCAUCCUCUAUGGCCGGAUCUACGUGGCUGCCCGGAAGCGCAUCCUGAACCCACCAUCCCUCUAUGGGAAGCGCUUCACCACAGCCCAACUCAUCACAGGCUCCGCGGGGUCCUCGCUCUGCUCCCUCAGCACCGGCCUUCACGACACGCACACUCAUUUGGCCGGCUCCGCUCUCUUUUUCAGCCACGUGAAAAUCAAGCUUGCUGAUAGUGCUCUGGAGCGCAAGAGGAUUUCCGCUGCUCGAGAACGGAAAGCCACUAAAACCUUGGGGAUCAUCCUGGGGGCCUUUAUCAUCUGCUGGCUUCCCUUCUUUGUUGCAUCUCUGGUCCUCCCCAUCUGCCGGGACUCGUGCUGGAUCCACCCAGCCCUUUUUGACUUUUUCACCUGGCUGGGCUACUUAAACUCCCUCAUCAACCCAAUUAUCUAUACUGUGUUUAACGAAGAGUUUCGGCAAGCAUUUCAGAAAGUUGUCCAUUUCCGGAAAGCCUCCUAGUCUUAUUUGGUCGUGACUCUUGUUAUCUUUUGUGUCCUGUAGCCCAAUUGGAAUAGCCUUUUGUUUAUUUUUCCAGAGAUUUAGGUUAAUCCUGAUAUUUUGGGCCUGGGUUCAAUCAAUAGAAUUGUUCAGUGUUCUUUUUUCUGUUGUCUUCUUGACUUCCGAGCCACCAAAAGCUGGGAAGCUGUGUGAAAGGGGACAAAGACUGAAGAUUUCACUUAGCAUAUUCUCAGGAUUCAUCCAUCUUGGAAGAAACAGGACCCACAAGGUUGCCCACUGAUGCAAUUCGGGUGGAAAACUAUCUGACCCUUUGGGAAGACCCGGGCUCAAAAGAGGGGCUUUCUUGUCUACCAAAGUUUUGUAUGGAGCUCAAAGGUGGGUAGAUGAGAUUAGUGACCUGAAUUGAAUGAGAAUUUGGAGUCAGGAUGGAGAGGUCUCCAUUCCAUGUGGCACCUUGAUUGGAUUUCUUUCUCUGAUUCCUCCUUAGAUUGAGUCUUUCCCAGUUGUUCAUUUGAGGUGACACCAAUAUAGAGUGACAGAGAUUCAGAAGCUGGAGGCAGGCGAGUGGAAUGGUUGAAACCAGAUCAGCCACCCUGUACCCCUCCUCCUUCUCCAGUAUCUCUGCACCCUCUUAAUGUUCUGAAGCUAAAACCAACAAUCACCCCCCCACACACACUGAAGGAGAUUGACAGGCUUUGGACCCACCAAGCGUUGAGCAGAACACCAUUCUGAUUUUU